UACAAAACGGUGAUUCAAUAUUUUCAGAUUAUACUCCAAGUCAUGACAAAACAAGAGCUAUAUCUCCCUGUACGAUACAUUAUAUCCUAACUGCUUAUCUACUUUAUCUACAGUAACAUAUGUUUCUUAACCUCACACCCUUAGGUUGCCUUUCCCCGCUUCCCUCCCCCCACUGGAACGGAAUGGAAAUGAAAUCGCCGGAGUAUAAGGUAGUUCAAUUUUUAGGAACUUCCAUACUCUUUUCAGAACGACUCCACCACCUUUCACACCCAUCCCCACAGUGUAUGAGAGUUCCGUUUUCUCCCCGUCUUGGCUAACAUUUGCUGUUUGCAGACUUUUUGAUUAUAGCCAUUUAUGACAGGUAUGAGGGGAUAUCUGUGAUUUCAAUCUGCAUUUCGCUAACUGCAUAGCUACUGAUGAAAGGAUGAGAUUACAGUACUUCCUCACAUCAUAUACAUAGUAAAUGCAAAAUAGAUUAAAGACCUAAAUAUACAACCCGAAACAAUAAAAUCCCUCAAUGAAAACAAAGGCAAAACAGCCUUUGACAUGAACCACAGCAAUAUUUUUUUGAUCUGUCUCCUAGGGUAAAGGACAUCCAAGUAAAAAGAAACAAAUGGAUUUAAUUAAAUUGAAGAUUUUGCACAGCAAAGGAAAACAUUGACAAAAUGAAGACAACCCACUGAAUGGGAGAAAAUAUUCCUGUCAUAUUUAUACUUCUGUGCUUAUUGCUAAGUUCUCCCUGAUUUCGAGUGUAAGUGGUAUUAUGAAUUUAAAAAAUUAAUUUAGAUUCUUAAUUUCCAAUUGUUUGCUGAUAGCAAAUUAAAAAGCAGUGAUUCUUAUACUGAGCAAUUGUUGGCACAAAUGACUGGUUGUAUUUUUUUUUUAUGUCAAUGUUCAUGUAAUUUAUAAACAGGAAAGUUUGCUUCUUUCAUUCCUGUCUGGACGUCUUAAAUUAUUUUUCUUGACAUAUGGACCUCAUUUAAAUCUCCGGUAAAGGGAAUUCACAUGGUGCCUCAGCAGUAAUGAACCCAACUGGUAUCCCUGAGGAUGGGGGUUUGAUACCCGGCCCCAAUCAGUGGGUUAAAGGAUCUGGCACUGCCCUGAGCUGGGGUGUAGGUCACAUGUGUGGCUUGGAUCUGGGGUUGCUGUGGUGUAGGCUGGCAGCUGCAGCUCUGAUUCAACCCCUAGCCUUGGGAACCUUCUUCUGCUGUGGGUGCGGCACCCCCCAAAUAAACAAACGAACGAAAAACUCCAGUGAAGUAUUUGCUAGGCUAGUUGACAGUCUUGCCUACAUAUAAAUCCUAGGGGCAAACUUCUCAGUGUUUCACCGCUCAGCAUGGUAUCAGCUGGUUGGUUUGCACAGAUUCCUUUCAGCUAAUGCAACAAGUUUUACGUUUCGCCUAGUUUGCUGAAAGAAUUUUUUAAAAUUAUCAUACAUGAAAGCUGAAUUUAAUGACUAAUUUUUCUACCUCCACAACUACACUUUUGUAUUACUUCUAUAUGAUAAAGAACAACUUACUGUCUGAAAUGUAGAAAAGUGCUAAUAUUCAAUUGAUCAAACACAGAUUAAAAAGCACAGUUUCAUUAAAGCAAAUAGACGAAAAGGUGACACCUAGACAGAGGGAACUAAGACAGGGUGAUGAGCCUCAUAAGUGUAUAUAUUCUUGAAGAUCACAUUCAAAGUUUCCCUAUUUCAAUCUGAACCAUUUUUUAAUAUUUUGCAAAUUUUCAUGUAAGUAUAUGCUCACCUAGGUAACAAAGGUUACUUGAAAAUGUGGAACAGGUUCCAGUUACUGAAAGGGUUUGCAGGUGGUACCAGCACACACAGGUGAGACUGUCUCAAAAGAAUGAGCUCAACGAUGACCAUGGACCACCACACCACACGACCACCAGAAAAGUCUAACGCCCAAAAUCCAUGUGGAACAUUAAAUAGGAUAGGCAGUACUUUGAGGGUCUCUGAGAGUCACCUGGGCACAAAUCCCCUUCUGCGACGUUCCUAAGAAUCGUAUUGUUGUCCUACUACAUAUAUAUAUACAGUGACAUCCAACCACCACAUGUUCCCUCCCCAGAAAUACCGAAGAAGACAGAAGAGCACCCUCCAAAAGUCCUCAGCAGAAUGUCCUCUGUCAACGACACGGCCUCACAUCCUCCUGUCUUCCUCCUGCUGGGUAUUCCUGGUCUGCAAGCUCUCCAUAGCUGGGUGGCCUUCCCUUUCUGUGUGGUUUAUCUGGUAGCCCUUGUGGGGAACGUCACAAUCCUGUUUGUGAUCAGGACUGAGCAGAGUCUUCAUCAACCCAUGUUCUAUUUUCUGGCUCUUCUCUCCUUUAUUGAUCUAGGUCUCUCCACUUCUACCAUACCCAAAAUGCUGGCCAUCUUUUGGUUCAACAUUCGGGAGAUAAGCUUUGAAGGCUGCCUCACCCAAAUGUUCUUUAUUCACUCCUGCACCGGUAUGGAAUCUGAUGUACUCACGGCCAUGGCGAUUGACCGCUUCGUUGCCAUCUGUUAUCCACUGAGAUAUACCACUGUUCUCACCAACAGAGCGGUAGCCAUCAUGGCCUCUGUUUCAGUAGGGAAGCCAGUCUUCCUCGCCAUCCUGUUCUGCCCUCUUCUCAAAAGACUGCCCUUCUGUGGACACUACAUUAUUCCGCACACGUACUGUGAGCAUAUGGGCAUUGCCCGGCUGGCCUGUGCGAACAUAAGAGUCAACAUCAUCUACGGCUUAUUCACCAUCGCGACCCUGGUCUUUGAUUUGAUCCUUAUCGCCCUCUCCUAUGCUCGCAUCCUACGAGCUGUCUUCCACCUUCCUUCCAAAGACGCCAGGCACAAAGCCCUUAGCACAUGUGGUUCCCAUGUCUGUGUCCUCUUAGCCUUUUACACCCCAGCAUUUUUCUCCUUUAUGACCCACCGGUUUGGUGGAAACAUUCCUCGCUAUGUUCACAUCCUCCUGGCCAAUCUCUACGUGGUUGUUCCUCCCGGUUUAAACCCAGUCAUUUACGGGGUCAGGACAAAGCAAAUCCGUGACCGCGUUGUGAGAGUAUUUGUCAAGAAAGAGGGACCCGGUACAUUCAGAAGUUGAGAAACUCUUGCAGGCUACCCUUCAGCUUGUACGUCUUUCAUUGGGCCCCAAAUUGUGAUGAUGUAGAGGCCGCCAAGGCAUGUGCUGGGCCGUAAUUAGUCUCCUAAGCUCACACUCAGUGGGGUCCCUUUAUGUAAUGUUCACUUUGACUUUCCAUAGAGUAUCCUUUUUUCAGUGAAGGUGAGAGACAAUUGUGGGACCAAGAAAAGAAUGUAAUUAAACUCUCGAAUAUGUGAGGACAAUGUUGUUCUCCAGGCCAACAGGAAAAUUUAUGUACAGAUUUGAUAAAAAUGAACAUUCUGAUGACAGGUAAUGUUUCAAAAUUUGGCUCUAGCAUCAAUAUUUUUGAAUCUGUCCUUCAACAACCUCCUUGUUUGCCAGGAUUACCUGCAUCUAGAUGACACAUCUUAAUUCCACUCAAAGGGUAAUCUGUGUGUUAUCUAUCAUUCAAUUCUGUCUCCAAAAGUAUCCAACUCACUCUUUUUCAGCAGCUCUACAAUGACACUAAAACCAAAGAAAGGCAUUUAUGAAAAUAAAAUUAGUUAACAAAUUAUUUCACAAACUCAGUUGUAAAAGUUAACAAAUAUUAUAAAAUUUGAACUCAAUUAUAUAAUGUAUUUACAUGUAUAUAUUUUAAAAUGACUGUAUUGACCUCAUCUCAAAAACACAAGGAUAUUUUCUGCAUCUGAAAAUCCAUCAACAUAUUUCACCAUGCUUUCAACAAACAACAGAAAUAACAUAUGCGCAUGUUACUAAAUAUAGAAACAUAGUUCUGAAAAUCCACCAUGAACUCCUGUUAAGAACUUCAGAAAACUAGGAAGACAAAGGAACUCUUCCACAGCAUGAAGAAAGGCUGAAUAUAUGUCUCUAUUGCCAGAAAAAUGAAAGGGUCUCUGCUCUUAUCACAUAUUCACUUCAGUACUGGUGAUUCGACCCAAUGCACCAGGUAAGCAAAGGCAAAUAAAAAUCACUGAUAUGUGAAAGACAAAAUUAUACUAUACUUACUGAUGACAUGGAUUAUCGCUGCAGAAAAAUCUUGUGUAACCCUAGAAAAAGCUAUUAGAACUAAUAUAUGAAUUUAGCAAGUUUAGAAGAUACAGGGUCACUAUGCGAAUAGCUGGCAUUCUUAAACUAGUGGCAUCCUAUUAGAAAUUAAAGUAAAAUGUUUUAAAUUGCUUAAGUAUAUAUAAAAUAUUUAGGAACACAUAUACAUGCCAUACUACAAUCAAAAUUCUUGUGACCUUUUUAUUGUAGAAACUGAAGAGCUAACGCUAAAUUUAUAUGAAAUGUAAAGAAACUAGAAUAAGCAAAAUAACUUCAGAACAAACCUAACACAUUUGGAGGAUUUAUAUCACACUGUGCUAGGGCAUAAAAUACUCGAAUUAAUCAAGAUCCCAGGAGAAGAAGCACAAAUAUACUCCACACAAAUAAAUAUGAUUCAUUGGUUUUCAAGAAAAUGCUGAGGUGAUUCAAUGAAGAAUGGAUACAUUUGGAACAACUGGGUAAUCACAUGUAAAAACGUGCACCUCAAUUUGUACCUUACUCUUAUCAUACGAUCUAGUAAUUGAAUUCCUUGGUAUUUGCCCAAAAGGUUUGAAAAUUUAUGCUCCCACAAAAACCUGCACAUGGGUGUUUUUAGAAAUUUUAUUCCUAAUUGCCAAAAUAUUGAGGCAACCAAGAUGUCCUUCAGUAGGUUACUAGAUAAAUAGACUGUGCUACAUCCAGAUAAUAAAACUGUACUCAGCUCUAAAAAUGAGUGAGCUAUCCAGCCUUGAAAAGACAUAGAGGAAUCUUAAAUGCACAUCAGCAAGUGAAAGAAGCCAAUCUGAAAAGGCCACAUGCUCUAUGCUUCCAAAUCACUGAUAUUUUUGCAAAGGCAAAACUACAGAGACUGGAGAAAUAGAAGCAGUUUCAGGAGCUGGGGGAAGAGGAAGAUGAAUAAAUGGAAUCCUUUUUUACAGCAAUGAAUGAUUUUCUGUGAUAUUAUAAUGAUGGAUACAUAUAUAUUUUUUCAAAACUACAGAAUGUAAAAAAUAUCAAGAGUUAUUGACCCUAAUGUAAAUGAUGGACUUUGAGUGAUAGUGAUACGUAGGUUAAUUUACUGUAACAAACACACCGCCUUCCUGUGGGACGCCGAUAUCAGGGGAGGCUGUGCAUAUGUGGGGCCAUAUGGGAAACUGGAAUUCUCUGUACCUUCCUAUCAAUUGUGCUAAUACCUAAAACUGUCCUAAACAAUAGGGUUUAGGUAGGUUUACAGAUAGAUGAUAAAUGGAAACAAAAUGAUACAUAAGUUUAAUGCCUAAGAACAGACAAUGAGUUGAGUAAGUUCUGGUAUUUCCAUAUCAAGGGGUAUUUUGUGGAAAUCAUGAAGGUUGGAUGUUUACACUGGCAUUUCCUCAACAUUUAUUCAAAGUCAAAAAGUCAAGUUUGAAAAGUAAGUUAGAAUACGUCAAGUCAUUUAAACGCAUAUUCCGUUUCCCGCAAUUUUUAAAACCACCUAUAUCCUCUUUAUCCUAAUAUUUUCUUUCAACUACAGUUUAGAAAGUGAUGCAAAGUACAGGAGGAUAGACAAUUUGGUCACACUGGGUGACCUGAGUGAAAAUUUAAGAACACACAUGGAAUGGUGGAAGAGAGUGAAAAGGAUGCAAAGGUCUACCUUCAAAGUAAGCAUGGAAUGCUCCCAUUAUGGGAAAUUAGGUAAUUCACAGCGUUUCAUGAAAGGAAGACCUACGAAAUGCUUACUGUGUUUUGUUUGUGUUUGUGUUUUGUCAGUACACCAGAUUUACACUUAUUUUUUCCUUUUACCUUAUGCAUAUUGUUCAAAUUUUUUAAAUUUAAAUUUCUUUCCUGGCUCUGCUGCAGCCGAAAUGCUCGAGUCCUUUUGCUGCUCAUUCUCUGUGUGCUACACAGAUUGUUCGCAUUUUUAUUUAUUUAUUUUUUUUGUCUUUUUGCUAUUUCUUUGGGCCGCUCCCACGGCAUAUGGAGGUUCC